GCAACCAUUGACGCCAUGUCGGGUUAUUCGAGUGACCGAGACCGCGGCCGGGAUCGAGGGUUUGGCGCACCUCGAUUUGGAGGGAGUAGGGCAGGACCCCUAUCUGGAAAGAAGUUUGGAAAUCCUGGGGAGAAGCUAGUUAAAAAGAAGUGGAAUCUUGAUGAACUGCCCAAAUUUGAGAAGAAUUUUUAUCAGGAACACCCUGAUUUGGCUAGGCGCACAGCACAAGAAGUAGAGACAUACAGAAGAAGCAAGGAAAUUACAGUUAGAGGUCACAACUGUCCAAAGCCAGUUCUGAAUUUCUAUGAGGCAAACUUCCCUGCAAAUGUCAUGGACGUGAUUGCAAGGCAGAACUUCACUGAACCCACUGCUAUUCAAGCUCAGGGAUGGCCAGUUGCUCUAAGUGGAUUGGAUAUGGUUGGAGUAGCACAGACUUCUGGGAAAACACUGUCUUAUUUGCUGCCUGCCAUCGUCCACAUCAAUCAUCAGCCAUUCCUAGAAAGAGGUGAUGGGCCUAUUUGUUUGGUGCUGGCACCAACUCGGGAACUGGCCCAGCAGGUGCAGCAAGUAGCUGCUGAGUACUGUAGAGCUUGUCGCUUGAAGUCCACUUGCAUCUAUGGUGGUGCUCCCAAGGGACCACAGAUAAGGGAUUUGGAGAGAGGUGUGGAAAUCUGUAUUGCAACACCUGGAAGACUGAUUGACUUUUUAGAGUGUGGAAAAACCAAUCUGAGAAGAACAACCUACCUUGUCCUUGAUGAAGCAGAUAGAAUGCUUGAUAUGGGCUUCGAGCCCCAAAUAAGGAAGAUUGUGGAUCAGAUAAGACCUGAUAGACAAACCCUAAUGUGGAGUGCGACUUGGCCAAAAGAAGUAAGACAGCUUGCUGAGGAUUUCCUGAAAGACUACAUUCAUAUAAACAUUGGCGCACUAGAAUUGAGUGAACACAACAUUCUUCAGAUUGUGGAUGUAUGUCAUGAUGUAGAAAAGGAUGAAAAACUUAUUCGCCUAAUGGAAGAGAUUAUGAGUGAGAAGGAGAAUAAAACCAUUGUUUUUGUUGAAACCAAAAGAAGAUGUGAUGAGCUUACCAGAAAAAUGAGGAGAGAUGGGUGGCCUGCCAUGGGUAUCCAUGGUGACAAGAGUCAACAGGAGCGUGACUGGGUUCUAAAUGAAUUCAAACAUGGAAAAGCUCCUAUUCUGAUUGCUACAGAUGUGGCCUCCAGAGGGCUAGAUGUGGAAGAUGUGAAAUUUGUCAUCAAUUAUGACUACCCUAACUCCUCAGAGGAUUAUAUUCAUCGAAUUGGAAGAACUGCUCGCAGUACCAAAACAGGCACAGCAUACACUUUCUUUACACCUAAUAAUAUAAAGCAAGUGAGCGACCUUAUCUCUGUGCUUCGGGAAGCUAAUCAAGCAAUUAAUCCCAAGUUGCUUCAGUUGGUCGAAGACAGAGGUUCAGGUAAGAUUAACCUUCAGUCGUUCCAGGGUAGAGGAGGCAUGAAGGAUGACCGUCGGGACAGAUACUCUGCAGGCAAAAGGGGUGGAUUUAAUACCUUUAGAGACAGGGAAAAUUAUGACAGAGGUUAUUCUAGUCUGCUUAAGAGAGAUUUUGGGGCAAAAACUCAGAAUGGUGUUUACAGUGCUGCAAAUUACACCAAUGGGAGCUUUGGAAGUAAUUUUGUGUCUGCUGGUAUACAAACCAGUUUUAGGACUGGUAAUCCAACAGGGACUUACCAGAAUGGUUAUGAUAGCACUCAGCAAUACGGAAGUAAUGUUGCAAAUAUGCACAAUGGUAUGAAUCAGCAGGCAUAUGCGUAUCCUGCUACUGCAGCUGCGCCUAUGAUUGGCUAUCCAAUGCCAACAGGGUAUUCUCAAUAAGACUUUAGAAGUAUAUGUAAAUGUCUGUUUUUCAUAAUUGCUCUUUAUAUUGUGUGUUAUCAGACAAGAUAGUUAUUUAAGAAACAUGGGAAAUGCAGAAAAUGACUGCAGUGCAGCAGUAAUUAUGGUGCACUUUUUCGCUAUUUAAGUUGGAUAUUUCUCUACAUUCCUGAAACAAUUUUUAGGUUUUUUUUUGUACUAGAAAAUGCAGGCAGUGUUUUCACAAAAGUAACUGUACAGUGAUUUGAAAUACAAUAAAUGAAGGCAAUGCAUGGCCUUCCAAUAAAAGAUAUUUGAAGACUGAAUUAAGUGGAAAUUGUACUUUAUUUUACGUAUAUAAUGUCAUGUAAAACUGCUUAAGAUGGUAUGGUCUUUUUUUUAAUCUUAAAAACAAGUGACUGCUUUCCAUUUUUUGAUUUGGGAUGGGGGAAUCAGAAGGUCCUUCUUACAGUGAUCUAUUGAUAAUGCAAAUUUUUAAAGGAGAUUGACUUAGGUAAGUUUGUAAUUCUAGGCUAAAUUGCAUAAAAGCUUUGUCAGUAGUUUGCAACAUCAGAGUUCUUUUAAUAAACCUAUUUUCUUGUAAGUAAGAAUGAUUAAAUGAAACCUUAGGACAGAAAGUAGUCAGCUAUUAAAGAGAGGCAACAACAUGGAUGACUUUAUUCUUUGGCAAAAUUCAUAAUUUGAAGCUCUGAAUACCUUUUUCAAGAAAAUUUUGUUAAUGCUCUUGGCUAUAUACAUUGUGAACUACCAAAAUGAACAAAACUGAAAGACUUGAUUUUGUCCAAGAGCUAAGUUUGAGUAACAAUUUACACAGUAUCCUUCGUGCAGGUUAUUUGCAGAUUGUAGUCUUCACAGACAUCCCUGGGCACGCACUUGUUAGACCUGGGAGUCAUGAAUGUCUCUACAAUAAUUCAGGGAAUUCUAGAGGUCUUCAAACUGUAAGGUCUAAUCAUAAUACAAGGGGAAAAGAAACCUCAUAAAAAUUAAUGGUUAAUCAGAAGGUAGCCAUAACCAAAAGCACAGUGAAUACAGUACAGGUCUUCACAUUAAGUUAAACAUGAACUCAAUGCUAUAGAAAGAUCCAGGGGAUAGUUUUAGAUUUAACUUUGGCCCACUAUCCUAAUAGUGUAUUUCAGUAAUGGCUAGAAGUAAGUCUGAAUGUCUUCCCAGAAAGUUUGGUGUAUGUUUUGCCCAGGACAAGGGAGGUUCAGG